AUGUCUACCGGAAGGCCUUACCGAUAUCGUGGGGUGCGCCUCAGUAUCGCAGAUGUAGACGACGACGAUAACGCGCCUGUUAGGCAGUGGUUCGACGGCAAUGACGAGGAAGCGAGACGAAGACGUCGCAAGGACAGCGAUGACCCAGCAGAGGAUCCCGACUACGACCCUGAUGUGGAUGCAGACAUUGAUUACGUUCGUCCCCGAAGGCGAAGAAAAGAACUUGAACUAAACCAUGCAAACCUUGCGAGGAAAGGACUCAUACUCUUAGACAUAAGAGGUGGCUACGAUAGGGUAUUUCUGGUUCAUGGUGAAGACGGAGAUGGUGAGGGAAGCUCAGACAACGGUAGCGACCCGACAAGAAACCUACGAAAGUUUUCACUCGAUCUUCCUGAAGACUUACGUAUCUCAACUUGGGAUGGGGGUGAUGAGUCAGCUUGUGUCUUGCCAGCGGAUGCGAGCUGCUUUGUCCAGAUCAAGGCUUGGCAACAGCUAGACAAUGACACCUACUCGUUGUAUUUUGAAUAUCUGAAUGGUGGUUCGCUCGAAGAUGUACUGCGGAAUUUUCACCAGGCGAACUACACUCCAAUUCCUGAGUCUUUCAUAUGGCAUGUAACAGAGCAACUAGCGACGGCAUUUGCAUUCCUCCAUUUCGGAAUCGAACCCGGUACCAAUGAUAAACCCAACAACUGGACGCGAGUCUAUCAUCGCGAUUUCUCGGAAAACAACGUCUUCAUUCACUAUCCUAGCCCAAGACCCGGAAGUCUUCCGCGUUCCGGAUUCGAGCCGCACGCCUUCCCGCGGGUGGCGCUUGGAGAUUUUGGAGACUCAGGGGUUGCCGGAGACGAUGAAUCUAAGCUGCACUACGGCACAUUGAAUAGUACUGAGCUGAAGGACUGGCAAGACAUCUACGACUUUGGGUCUAUUCUGAGAGCACUUUGUAUGACACAUGUUGAGUAUCACUAUCAGGGGAUACAUGGUGAUUAUCAAUACGCCGACGAAAGAUAUCUCGAAGAUGUAAACCACCACCCUAACUCGCCUGGGUACUCGGAUGAGCUCAUUGGCCUACUUCAGAGAUUCGAACGACCUGAUCAGGAACUUGAUAACAUCUUAGACGAGGAUGCUUGGAAAGCAAUGCCUGCGGAUGCGAAUUGGAUCAUCAAUACUCUAUUGCCCGCGGCCAGGAAUCGGAUGCAAAAUUACCGUAACCCACCCGGUGGAAAGCCCAGAGGGUAUUAUGAUGACAUGGACGUGUCCUGGACAAGGCCUGAUGAGCUGAUGCCGUUCCGAUUCUUCAAAGAUUUGGCAGAUCCUGUGGACCGUCCAAAUUACGCGGGUGACUGGGAUAAUGGGUUUCCUGAUGGAAAGGACGAUCGGCGAGGACUGAACGGCCGAGAAUUGGACAUGGCAAAGUUGAGAAGCCUUCGCAAACUACCGUGGCCUGCUUACGAGGUUGUUGAUUUGCAUUGUGGCACAUGGGCAUACCUCUAUUCACUCUCGGUGAAGUGA